GGGCACUAUGAACGAAGAGCAGUUCGUGAGCAUCGACUUGAACGAUGACAACGUCUGCAGCGUCUGCAAGCUGGGCACGGAGAGGGAAACGCUCUCGUUCUGCCACGUUUGCUUCGAGCUGAACAUCGAAGGAGUACCAAAGUCAGAUCUUCUACAUACAAGAUCAUUAAGGGGACACAGAGACUGCUUUGAAAAAUUCCACUUAAUAGCAAAUCAAGAUUGUCCACGGUCAAAGCUAUCUAAAAGUACAUACACAGAAGUAAAAAAUAUCUUGAGCAAAAAAAUUAACUGGAUCAUACAGUAUGCACAAAAUAAGGAUUUAGACUCUGAUCCUGAAAGCUCAAAAACAUCCCAACACCAAUUUUUUAACUUCAGACAUCAGACUGAUAGAAAACUGCUACCACAGUUUGAUUCCCCAGUACCUAGAUAUUCUGCAAAAUGGAUAGAUGGAAAUUCAGGAAGCAUUUCAAACUGUUCACAAAGCCUUUUGGAGCAAAGAGAAUCCCCUGAUUUUAACCUUGAUGUGUUACAAGAAGCAGGUGCUACCUUCUGUUGCAACAGUGUUUUGUGGUCUAAACACAAGGAGCCUCAGAAAACUGAAAAAGCUGAAAGUGAUUCACAUACCAGUGUUCACAGAAGACAUCCACAUUACAGCAGGGAAGAAUUGAAUACAAUGUCUCCUGGAGAGUUAAAACAACUUAAUGAAAAACUGCUCAAGCAAAUUCAGGAGGUGUUUGAGGAGCUGGCGCAGCAGGUGCAGGAGAAGGACUCUCUGGCCUCGCAGCUGAACGUCCGCCACAUCGCCAUCGAGCAGCUGCUGAAGAACUGCUCCAAGCUGCCCUGCCUGCAGGUGGGGCGCGCGGGGGCCAAGCCCAGCGCCCCGAUAUAG